AUGAGCUUAGCUGAUGGUCAUAUAUAUAAUGCUGAUAAUAUUAAAAACUCUUUAAUAUGUAAAGGUAAAGGUAGACCUACUGCCAAACGUUUAAAAUCAUUUAAUGAAGAAAGUAGUAAAGCAAAAGUGCAGGCUAGGGAAGAGAAGAGAAUUGAAGGAGAACAUAAAUACCAUUUAU